UCCUCUUCGGGCGAAGUUAGUCGUGAUCCAGUGGGCUGACCGAACGCGCGGCUCACCUCAACUUCCCAAGGAGUAAGCGAGUCAGUGUGCGAGCGGGAAAUAAUCAUAAACCGUAAGGAACCUACCGUGCUAUUCAAUCAUGGCGCAUCGUUAACAGACUGAUGGGGAUGACGUUUGACUUUUGCAUACAAAUAUUUUGGACUCUUACUUUUGAUUUCACUGAAUAAGAAAAAUCGCAUAGGCUGAUGCAGUUACAAAGGGUUUGGACGUGAUGAGUCCUUAAUGGAUAUGUAUGGCAAGAGUAUUAUCAACAUUCUUCUAGGACAAAUAUAUUGUGACCCUUUACAGACCAGCUCUGCAAGAAAUGGGAGAGACUGUGGCAAGGAAAAAAGGGAGUCGUAGCAACUAAAAAACCGAGUUGAGUUUCAUUUCUCUGUUCAAAGUUUCACGGCUGAUAAAAGAUGAAGACUAGUAUCAUUAUAUAGACUUAUCCGAGAACCAAGAAUAAAUUCGUAAUCACUCUUAUGAAUAUUUCCCAGCAUCGCUUCCCCAAAGAAUCUAUAUUUGAAAUAAACGUUCUUGAUCCGUGAGACCUCGCCUAAUGGGUCACGUCACAAUCCAUUAAAUGUUGAACUGACAAGCCGUGAGGAAGAUGAAUAAAAGAAAAAAGAACAAAAGUGGACUCAAAAACACUCGAAUUAAAAUGAGAGCGUGAAGUUUACCUAUUUCUUAAAGUUUUUAAUAGUAUGCAUUGAACAAACAGCAAAUUUUUUAUUUGAAAAUAGCACUAAGACCUAUAUCCGUGUUCAUUGAUUGGUGGUUACUUUGCUGCAAAGAGACUAAGAAUCUUUUCAGGGUUGCGUCAUAACAUUUUUGUGAACUAUGUAAAAUCCGGUGACAUCAGAAAGUUAACGUUCCAUGUUACAUGAAAAUAUUCAGCUGUCACAUUUACAGGACUACUAUAUCUUGUCGAGAUCCAUCUUAAUAAUAACGGUGCCUGGAUUAUCUUUUAGCGGUGCAAAUAUAUAUCUCCUAAAAACUCGUAAUAAAUAUAACUGAGAAAACCAUAUGUUCUAGCAGCUGACAACCACUUUUCACAUGCAAGUAUACACAGAAAGCAGUGAAACUGGCUCAUAAAACCAAAAACCUCACAGUUCUACCUGGCGAAACUUAUUUCCCACAGACAAGGGCCAGUUAAACUUUCAACUGUCCAGUGCAAGAAAAGUUUUCCAAACUCUAGCAACCGAAAACCAGUUUUGACACGAAAAAAAAAAAGGAGGCGGAACAGUAAACAGAAGUUAGUCAACACCAGACCAUGGACGACCUUCUUUAUCUAAGGCCAACCAUGGUGGCGGCAACCAUGACUCAAGAAGGAGAAGAAGCCAUCGUUCCCUCCUUGGCCCCGUUCUUCACGACCCCAUUCCCAGAAGGAAACCUGAGCACCCAAGCUAUAGCCAACGUGUCCUGCGUCCAACAAGUAGAUGUAUCGGACUUCAACUACCCCUUCAGAUGGGACACAUGGAACACCAUCACAUGGAAGGAGGUCCUGAAGAUCAUGGCUUAUGCAGUGAUCUUCUUGGUCUCUCUCUUCGGGAACUUCCUGGUGAUCCUGGUGGUGCACUACAACGCACACAUGCGCACUUCCACCAACCAGUACCUGGUCAACCUGGCAGCGGCUGAUCUCCUGGUGACCCUGGUGUGCAUGUGGAUCCACAUCGUUCGUCACCUCUCGUACCCCAACUACAUCCUGCCAGAACUCGUGUGCAGACUGGAUGGCUUCGUGCAAGCAAUCGCGCUGACGGCGAGCGUGCUGACGCUGACAGUCAUCAGCGUCGGGAGAUUCGUGGCGGUGAUGUUUCCCUUGCACGCGCGCACCUCCCCCGACAGGGCGCACCGGGUCAUCGCAGCCGUGUGGAUCACGUCGGCGCUCCUGGCCUUCCCGACGCUCCUCUACCGGCAACGUUACAGUCUCAAGUGGAAGAACUACACGUCAUGGCACUGCGACGAGAUCUGGCCCUCGAAGGCUAAGUUCGACCCCACCGUGGGCUAUUGCGUCAUUGUUUACGACCCCAAGACCCUCUUCUACACGGCCUUCACCAUAGCGCUGUAUUUCCUACCUGUCCUGAUCAUGUUAAUCAACUACAGCCUUGUGGUCUGGCGGAUGUGGAUGACGCAGCUGCCGGGGGAGCACUGCGCCCCAGCCCUCAACACAGCGACGAGGGCGAAGAAGAAGGUCGUCAAAAUGGUCUCCGUCGUGCUCCUCGUCUUCGUGCUGUGCUGGACGCCUCUGCAGAGUCUCAUCCUCUACAAUAAUUUCGUGCACGUACGGCAUAAUGAGUUGCCGAGCUGGUUCGCUUCGAUGGAGUUCGCAGCCUACUUCAUAGCCUACUCGAACUCGGCCGUCAACCCCAUCAUCUACUGCGGCUUCAACGCCAGCUUCCGGCAGGGUUUCGUCGCUCUGCUGACGUGUCGCCAGUCGUCGUCAGUAAGAAUAUACAAUCCCCGUUCGACCCUGAAGUCGACGCUGCCUCCCGAGAGAAUGGAAGCGAAUUCAGCAGGGAACUGGAGAGCGACUACAGCUGCAACCAGAGAGACGACCGUCGCUUGCUCUGGCCCGGAGCCCGCCAUCUUGCUAGAAUUCAACUCCAUUAAAAAGACCAGAUAUGGGCAGAAAUGUGGACGGUCUCUUGUGACGAAUGACGUUCAAAAUAGCCUUAGUGACUCUGGAUCUGAUUCUGGAUGUAAGAGGUCGACACAGUGCGAGACGCUGAACGAGAGCCAGACGAGCAGCGGCACCGUCUACAACAGCCCGAGUCACAACUGCCACCAGCCCAAAGAGAGCACGUCUGCCGCGACGCAACCCGGCAGGGCGGCACUCCGAGGCCUUCCCUUGAGAGGCUUCGGCAGGAAGUUCCCGAGAGCCCCCCUGCCGACUCUCGGCCGCAUGGGCUUCUCUGGAUGUUGCGGCGGCAAGAGGAACAGCAAGAUGAAGCAAAACCUCGUCAUCUCCGGCGAGAGGCAAAUCCAAGCCUUGACCGAAGUGAGAGAUAACAUCAAUAACGACACGAAGGAAGAUAUGCUAUAAAUGGACCGACGGCGCUGGGGAGAUCUUCCAUAAUAAUAAUAAUAGUACUAACUGACCUGGCAACUACCGCCAGGGCACUUUCCUAGGAGCAACCACUUGAAAUAGGGUGUGGAAAUACCGUAGAAUAUCCGAACGUACUCUUAGGAUACUGAGCUUUCAAGUUUACGUAAUGAAUAAAACGUUGUUCCCUACAUACAAAGAAAGAAAAUUAAGUAAUACAACCACUGAAUGGCCACAAUUACGAUAAGAUGUAAAAUGAAAAAAUGUGGAAAGUAAACUAUGUAAAAGAAUAUUCCAUUUUCUCACUGACUACUUAAAUGCACGAGAGGCGGACGACUUACCAGCGGCUGUUUGGGGUAAGAAACUAUUGAUCAAGGAUUGAUCGACUGCAGCCUACCUGGCGUCUCAACUACCAGGGUCCCUGGCGCCGCAUUCAUUAAAGAACAAAGUCCAGAGAACGGUUUUGUUUGCAGCCUUCAUACAAAUCUGAGUGGAUGGUUGGUAUACAGGCUUUGAAAUGAAAUGCGUAAGAUGGUUAGAAGUAAAAAAGAAAAUUUAGGAUAAGUGGAUGGUUAAAAAGACCCUUUGAAUCAAGUUCAGUGGUUUUUGGCGAGUAGCCUUUAGACAGUGCAAAGAAAACAAUUAGAAAAGGGGCUUUAAAGGCAAUUACAGUGAAAAGUUCAUAUAGGCAGCCUUUACAAGAAAGUCAAGGACACAGUUGGCAGGCAAGCUUUAAAAAACUUAGUUGAAUUGGUACACAAGCCUUAGUAAAUUGACGUGGUUGGUCAGUAAGCACCCUUAAAAAGUUCACUGGACGGCUGGUAUACAGCAUUUGACCAAUAUUUAGCUGAUGAUUGACAAACAGGAUUUAAAACGAAAUCAACUUGAUGGUUUGAUAAGUGACAUUCAAAUUUAUUUUUUUUCUUAAGGCUGCCGCCAAAAGAGGUCAUUUUUAUCCUCUGCCUUUAAUUUUGAAAUUUCUCAAAAUGCGUCCCUCAUUAGACAGGGGAACUCUCAAAUUUGAAUUGUCAAGUGAGUAGUAGAUAUUCGAGUAAUUCCUGCUUUUUUAAUAGAUGUUUCUUGCGAUUUGUGACGAGCGGCUUGAGAGAGAGACCCGGCAACUCAAUCAUUUAAGUCUCUCCUCCUUCUGGAAUCAGGCACAUUCCUUAAGCUCUCCACCAUCGUCACCACUUUUCCCGAAUGAAAAUGAUGGAAUCACGAGAACAAAAUCGUUUCGGGAAGUGCAAUAGGUCACAUGAAAAGGGCCUUGCUGUGGUCUCGAAAACUUUUAUUCUUAUAGAAGCUUUCUAUUACGUGGAGCUACUUUUUCUAAGAAAAAAAAAUCUUCCUUGUAGUUUUUAAGCAUUUCCACCAGAGUGGAAUCCUGUGAAAUGACGUCAGAAGUGUAGAAUGUUUUUUUUUCCUUUUUUUAUAUAUAUAUAUUCUCGGUGUUUUGUAACUUCAGCGACGUUGUCUCAGCAGUUUUCCACCGGCAUAUAUUUAUUACGAAUUAAGUGAAUCCAACAAACAAUGCCAUGGUAAAUAGAGCCAUUUGGCUUACCAAUUUUGAAAUGCAUCUGCGGGAGUGUUACAAUGAUAUUUGCCAAGCUGUCCUUCAAAUGCAAUUAGAAGUAGCUUAAGUAACGCUCCCCAGAUACUUUUCCAUACCUAUAUCUAAUUGCGUAGAAUAGCUUUCAUUUAUGAAUUUUGUACGAUACGUCGGUGCUACGGCGAACCCUCAUCCAGGACCUACUUGCGAGUGGGUGGGUCCUGUCCUCAUCGAUGAGGCGCCGCCGCUGCGACGGCCUGGCGUUAUCAGGCUUCGUAUAGAUCACGAGUGAACUUUGGGAAAGAUGAGAAAGGGGACAAGUUUCGCACUACGAAAAAAGCGUCAUCGCUGUGAGGGGGAGGAAGUGACAGCGGAAACAGCCAUAUAUAAGUGAAUACCGCCCGAAUCGGACGAACUUGAAGUUUUGCAUUGCAAGAGUGACUUUGCCAUAGAAGGUCACUCUUGCAACGCAAAGAAGGAAGAGUGUCCUUGCCAUACAUCAACACAUAAUGGAAAAACUUUUGGGGGAACUUUUUCGGCCUUCAACUGAAGGAUGAAAUUACCGUGAAAAGGUUAAAAGGGCUGAUUUUCUGAUGUCAGGCGUUGCUUCUUUUGGACGAAAAAACCAACUCCGAAACUCAUUCGACUGUAACCGUUUUCCCAGUGGACUUCUUUUAUGUGUGUGUAUGUAUUUGUUAUUUCUCCCGGUAAUAAUAAUCAAUAAGAAGCCAUAUUUUCCCGCUUUCAUCCACCAACAGCACGUCAUUCGCAUACUAUCGUUCAUACUCGUGUCAGAGGGGGUGACACUAGUCCAACAUCUCAUUGCCAUAAACUCCUUGAAUCAAUAAUUCUCUGUAGAUUGUAGCUGGAAUAUUUCCCUGUUUAGGUUAAGGCGGAACAAUAAGUGAUCUUCGUGGAUUGAGUGUUGAAUGUCACCGUACAAAUAUAUAUAAAUAUAUAUAAAAUAUGUCAUCGGUGUUCUCUGUGUAUGACAAUUCUUCCAUUUUCCUUUCUCUCUUCAUACGCAGAGUCUGUUUCCCUGUACGUUACUGCGCAUAUCUGUGACGUAAUUGGCAGGUGGCCAUAAAAGAAAACCAAGAAAACAAAUAAAUUAAGGGUCACUAUGGGAAUUGUUUGCCCACACCCAUUACCUAUCUCUUUCACGACCUUGUGUGAGAGCGGUCCCUGUUAAUCUUCAGGUACUGGAAGAUAGUUUCCUUGUUCUUCACCCUGGUGGGGUCAAAUACUGACUGAUGACUUUUUUUACCUGAACCUCAGGCAGAUCAGCCAAGUGACGUCAUGCGCGAGAUUGUCCUUUUUAGGUCAGAAGCGGUCUAACACUGUACUCUAUUAAUCCUGGUAAGAACCUCUCGUGUCCGUGGUCGUAUCUUGUAUACCUAAGGCAAAGAAAUGUUCAUCAGCGGUGUCUUCUAAUGUGUUUCCCUAUUUUAAUGAUAUUCUCUCUGUUCCUUGUAAAAUAAAGUUAAAAAAUUCU